UAGUCUAAGGGGGUGGGGCUCAAUAAUCUGUAGGAAUCAUAACUAGACAUAGCUAGCUAUAGGCUAGCUAUUCUUAGCCACUGAUUACAGCCAUUGCAAGCAAGCACUAUGGAAGAGCUAGAGUGUGACAGUGUGCUAUACCAGCAGAGUGGCUUUGUGUUUGACCCUGAGGAUAUCAGGACAAAUGGAGGCUUCUUUUACCUCCUUCCCACUAUUAGUAACAGACUAGAGGUUACUAAUGCUGAUGGUCAGACUGUGCUUGUUACAUCUGCUAGCUUGAAUGCUUUACUGGACCCAUUGUUCUGGUGUGUUCUCGUGUUGUUGGCGUUCCUGACUCUCCUCCUGUCCACCUUCUGCUGUCAGUGCUGUCUGGCCUGCCUCUGCUCAGCUCAAAGAUACGAAAAGAAGCAAUUUGGUUGCAAAGUGUUCUUCGGAAUACUCUCCUGGUUGCUAAUAGGAAUUAUCAUAAUUUGCUCGGCUAUAAUUCUCUGGAGUGAGUUCACAAUGGAUGCUAGUGUGGAACUGUACAGGGACAAUUUGUGGUCGUUUGUCAACCAAACAGUGCCAAGUGAGAGUGCAGCUCUGGGUGUCCAACAGUCAAUGCAGUUCGUCUUUACCUAUCAACUGUACAGGCACUGGAUUUCUGUUGCUAUGAGUUUUGUCACCAUCCUGAUAAUGCUAGGAGCACUCCUUGCAGUCACACUGUGCACACCUUACAAGGAAUCUAUGGCUCCUGUGAUUCUCAUGCUUGUCAUCAAUGCUCUUUGGACCGUUCUAGUGGCGUCAAUGGCAGCUGUCACAUUUUUCAGCCUGUUUCUCACAUCGUUCGUUUGCUAUGAUCUAUAUCGCAUUGGAGGCACUACACGUUGUUCUGACCAGAGCUUGCGUGAAGAGUCUCUCUCUCUCCAAAAGUUUUGCAGCACGGAGGUCUAUAUUCCCCACCUGAUCACGGUGUGUGCUUACUUGGCUCUUGUGGUGUGUUUAAUUGCCUGGGAGAUAUUUGGAGCCUUCUAUGCCUCAACAUUCAGUGGGAGACGUCGUAGCAAUAAGGUUGGCAACACUGUGGAGACAGCUGGGGGUAAUGUGCCAGUGGAUCGGGACAGGCCUACCAACACAACCACACCCACUCAACAGCCACCACCAGUUACUUCUACUGCUAAUGAUGGUGCCACUCCCCUUGCACCACCUACUACUCACCCACAGCCAGCUAUCACUCCUCAAGUGUAUCCUAUGAUACAACUCACCCCAUCACUCAACAACUACUUACCUGCCAGCUCUAGACAGACCAGUGCACAAACUCAUCAGCAAGAGACCAGCUAUUCAAAUACUCCACUGCCUCCGGAGUAUGAAGAUUGCUGGAGUGCACCGUGAAUCCCGAUGUGAAAACUAGAACUGACUCAAAACAUCGUUUUUAUUCUACAGAUUCCACACAAUAACUGUUUUUGGCAAUGAAUAUAAUUAAAUUUAAAGAAUUUG